AGGGCGUUUAUGGCUGGUAUUGCUACAUACCCCAACUUCAUGGUUGCUUGGUGGGAUGUUGAUACGGUCUUAUUGCCGAUUCAUUCAUCCCCUAAUCAUUGGCUAUUUGGGGAACUACGAUUAGCGUCAAUGGAAGUGCAUAUUUAUGACAGUCUUGGUAGAGGUGCUUAUGAAAAAUUCCAAUCCGAAGGAAUCUUUUCCAAAUUUGAACGUCGGGUGGCAAAUUAUUUGGACAAGAUUAAGUAUUGGGCGCGGAGGAACAUCCCAAGGAUUCCAUUGAAUAUGCAAUUCAUUUAUGAAGAAAACGUUCCCCAACAAAGUAGUCAUUUGGGAGAUUGCGGUGUUUUUCUUUGUAUGUUUAUGGAGCAAUUGGUUUCAGGUCAACCAAUACGUGUUCUUAUUGACCCAAAGAACGCAGCUUUAGAGUUCCGUCUCCGGAUGGCAAAAAUUAUUUGGGGGUCUAGUCUUGCUCCUCUGUAGUUGGAUUAUAUAAAUGUAUAUACAAAUUAAUGUUGGAUUUCAUUAUUAGUUUAUCUUUAGAGUUUACUCA